AUGCAUCUGUUCUUGAACGCACGCGGUGGUGUUGCCUACGAGGGCGACAAUCGCCACGCCUGGUACGACGCAACACACCAGAGUGUAUUGGUUCUGUCCCCACUGUCGCUAAAGCUACAGCAGCUUCCUCUGGAUGCAUCGCUGGAUCCCAUGACUGCUGCAACAGCUACAUUUUCCCCUCCUUCAGACCUGAAGACGCUCUACGACUUCAACGAGCCGGAAGCCAGCGGCGACCACCGAGAUGCUGUCCAACAGCGCAACCAGACUCCAAUAAUACUGCUGCAGCUGUCGGUUGAUAGCCAAUUUCUUGCCAUCCAGCGCAGCGACAUCGAGGUGCAGGUUUUGGAUCGCGGCACUCGGGCGUCCUACUGGGUUUUGUGUAAGUCUAAAGCCGGCAACAGGAUCCUGCACGGGGGCAUCAUCUGGAACACGCAUUCGCUCAAGGCCACGAGCUCUCAGGACCUGUUCCUAGUCACAAAACUAGGGCUGGAACACCACCGCGUCAGUUCCAAGAGGCGUAGCUGUGCCCUGCACAGGACGGUGGGGCUAUACGUCCAUGAAUUCUGGUAUGCAGCCUCGCAUGGAGUGUUGCUGGUCAGCUCUGGGUCGAGAGCCAAUGAGGUCGUGUCAUUCUUACUGCAUGGAACAAACGCGGAGAAGUUACCCGAGCUCGUGUUCUCGACGUCGGUGAGCAAGCAAGAUCUUCAUCUCGUCACCUUGUAUGGAGAUCUAUACGUGGUGUACAGUGAUACACGAUCGACAAAGUUGUUGUUGUAUUUGGUGGGACGCGCAAAGGUGACGUGUGUGCGCUCGUUGAACGUCAUGUUGCCGCCGGGGACAGCGCUGGAGUAUUCGGUCGUGGACAAUUUACUCGUGUGUCACAGUAUGGAAUUUAACGUCAGCAUGUUCUUUGAUAUCAAGUGUGACAGGAGUAUCAGCGAUCCGUUCUCAGCCCCACUGCCGAUCUCGUCGCGGCCACCAGGUCAAAAGCACGACGGUGCUGUGCCAAGCUUUACCCGUUGGCGCUUUCACGCCCCAAAUCUCGUACAACGUUCGUAUUCAGCAAAGGGAAGCGAACAAGUAGAAAUUCGUAAGCUGCAGCUGAACCUAAAGGAGAUCUGCAAGACUUGCGAGCACCAUCGCGAGAUCUUGCCAUUUCUGUUGCGUCGAGGGGAUCAUGAAGCAGCGAAGCUGUUGAUAUUGAUGCUAGUGCGUGGCUAUAUUGUGGAGCACCAAGCGUCUAUUUCUUCAAUCGUGCAACUGCUGAAUACUGUUCAAACGGUGUGCGGCAGCGAGCAACGUAACAAUCAUAUUGAGAAAAGCAAAACUGCGGGGUCUGUGCUGGAUAAAGAUACUAGUUCAGGGAAAGAAACUGCUGGAUAUUCAGCAGAAACAGUGAAAUUGCAUGCUCGCAACGCUAGGGGUUUCCUCGUUAUUCAACAGACAGAGUUUUAUCGCCACGUAUGGAGUGAUAUACUUCAAGACGCAAAGGUUGUUCACCGGUGUGAUUUGAGCGUUUAUAUAGUCGAAUAUAUCAAGAAUCUGCGCGAGAACAAGGUACCAGUGGAGAACAUUACAAAUGUUGCGCUUGCGGAGUGUUUUAUAGCAGCAGGAGAACCAAACAAGCUCUACCAGUUUUUGCAUUACCAUGUGCUAGCUGAUUCUGUAGAGCUUGCCGAGUUGAUGAUCCGAAAUGGAGAGACCUAUCCAGCUUUGAUGCAAGUGGGCCUGGACAUGUACUUCCGCCUGAGGGAGAUUUGCUCUCUAGUCCGCACUCUUUUGGAUAUCGGACAGACAGAGCGAGCAAUCGAGAUUGCUUGGAGAAAUAUGGGAUUAACCUCGUGUGAUGCAUCGGUUCUUCCAGGUGUUGCAUUUUUUGACUCGCUGGUUCGAUCAGUCACCUCACCUGGACAGACCCGUUCACCCCUACAGGUGACACAAAUGCUGGGGAAUUUGUUACUGUUCUUGAAAGUAUGGGACCCUGCUGCGCUACAGCGAUCAAUCACAACAUCCCCCUCAACUCUCGCUAUCUGCGCUACCGCUCCAUUUCCAGACAACCUGAUUUCGCCGAGUUCCCGCAUAAAGCUGAGAGCUGCAUUUGGAUUUACUGCAGAAUGA